AUGAAAGAACUUGAAACGGAGGAUGUAUUGUCAUUCAAAAACUUUCUCACAGUAGAGCCAGACUUUCUCAGAGUAGAGCCAGAUGAGUGGCAACAAAUAGCUGAGCAGUUCAGAAAUAGAAGGAACCUGGACCAUGUCCUUGGUGCCUUGGAUGGGAAACAUAUUGCUAUAAAAUGCCCUCGAAACGGAGGAUCACUUUAUUACAACUACAAAGGGUUCCACCUCCUCAUUCUUAUGGGGCUUGUUGAUGCUGAUUAUAAGUUCAUCUGGGUUGACGUAGGUGCAAAUGGUUCUGCAUCAGAUGCUACAGUGUUUAACAACUCAGAAUUAAAAGAUGUCGUCGAAAAUCAUAAUAUUGGAUUUCCAGAAGAUGCCCCUCUACCAAAUGAUAACAGAAUUUCAUCGUGGGUGAUGACGCCUUCCUUAUCAGGACAUGGCUUAUGA